UGCUCAAAGCCAAUGCGUCAGCGACCUAAAGUGAGAUAAAGACCCAAGAGGCCGCGAACGCAUAAUAGGGGCAGAUUAGCUCGUCCCACGCUUUUGUGUCAGCUGAAGAGGCAAUGAGGCAACCUUGGUUGCCUAGAGAGCGACAGGAUUUCACAUAGAGCGAGGCAAUGCUCGCAUUUGUGAAGCAUGCAAGGCUCGUCACGGUGGCGAGCCAUCCAAAAGAGGGGUAGAAGGACCGGAGGCAAGGCAAGUUUCCUUAUCUCUGUAGUACGCAUGUUCAGUUCCAUCUGUCAAAAUACCGAGCCUUUGUCUCCAAUAGAUAAGCGCUGGUGUCCCUUUUCGGAUGCCGAUCAAGCCACCCUCUCAGCCACCCCACAGCCUCUGGGGCUCUGUUGCUGGGGCCUUUGUCCAAUAACCCUUCGCGAACGUCGAGAUAAUGAAUGCUUUUCCAGGACCCCUCUCAUUCGCUCCAUGAGGGAUCCCCAUUACACCUUCUCGUUAGUAGGUGGUUCUGUAUGGGUUCGUCUUCGGCGCGACCAACUCCAACUUCUAGAGGUGUCCAUAUACAUCCACACACCAAGGGUGAUGGCGAGAAGAAUAAAUAUCUGUUAGCGCGCUGAAAUAGCAUCUAAAAUAGCAUCUGCCUAAAUAUACUCACGGACACAAGCGACGCUGGAAGAUAUAUUGUGGUCAGGAUAGAUAUUUUCUUC